AUUCCGGAUUAUUCAACUGUCAAACCAAAGUAAAGUUAAUCCGUUGUGUGUACACGCCUUGUGUUUUUAAAGUUUAUUAUAACAGUUUUACGACCGAGGAAAAGUAAUUACAAACGAUUUAAAGGAAAGCAAAAGAUUCAAAAUAAAAAAAAAUGGUGGAUUACAGUAAGUGGAAGGACAUUGAGAUUUCUGAUGAUGAAGAUGAAACACAUCCAAAUAUUGACACACCAUCGCUGUUCCGAUGGAGGCAUCAAGCUCGUGUGGAAAGAAUGGAGGAGCGCAAACGGGAAAAAGAGGAAUUCGAGCAGAAGAAGUCUGAAACAUUUAGGAAAAUAAGCGAAACCAAAAGGAAGAUUGCAGAGACUGAUCCGUCUAGUCCCAAUUUGGAGUCGUUGAAAAAAGCUCUCAGCGAACUGGAGAAGACUGAGAAAGAGAUUCUUAAAAAAGAAGAAGAACUAAGAAAGAAAGAGAAGCAAACUCCGUGGAAUGUUGACACAAUAAGUGCUCCAGGAUUCACAAAAACAGUAAUUAAUACAAAGCCGGCUAGAUCUAGUGAUGAAAAUCUCACUGAAGAGGAAAAAGAGGCAAAAAUGAAGAAAUUCAUAAAAGAAAAUGAAAAAUUAUUGAAACAAUUUGGAAUGCUGAGGAAGUAUGAUGAUUCUAAGAAAUUCCUGUUAGACCACAACCAAUUAGUUUGUGAAGAAACUGCAAAUUAUCUUGUUAUAUGGUGCAUCAAUUUAGAAAUGGAAGAGAAACACAAUCUGAUGGAGCAUGUGGCUCAUCAGACUAUCUGCAUGCAGUACAUUCUGGAGCUUUCUAAACAGCUGGAUGUAGAUCCAAGAGCUUGUGUCAGCUCUUUCUUCUCCAAGAUACAAUUAGCCGAGAAGACUUACAAGGACUCAUUUGAUGACGAGUUAGAACAAUUCAAAUCACGUAUCAAGAAGCGUGCAGCGGAGAAAAUACAAGAGGCUAUCCGAGAACAGGAAGAGGAGGAACGCAAGGCCAGACUGGGUCCCGGUGGUCUUGACCCUGUUGAAGUGUAUGAGGAACUGCCUGAUGAGCUGAAGAAAUGCUUCGAUGCGCAGGAUGUGCCGAUGUUGCAGGAGACAAUCGCUAAAAUGCCAGAACAAGAGGCUGUGUACUACAUGAAGAGGUGCGUCGACGCCGGCCUCUGGGUACCACAGAAGAAAGACGAGGAAGGGGAGGGGAGAAUGAAGGAGAAGGUAGAAGAACCUUCCGGAACAACAUCGGUCACAGAUGAUGUAGACUGAGGUUACUAACCACAUUUUUGUUUUCCAUCACCGGUUUAACUAUGGGAACGACACAUUGUGAUGCGGAAACGAAAUGGUCUUAAUUUUCCACUAAUCUUGUAGGAGUCGGAUACAGCUUGACGACUAGUGGAAAAAAGGACUAAGUAUUUGUCGCACUGUGUCGUUCGCGUACAAUGACUGGUUUCUAUUCAUGUAAAUAAUACCAACAUGAUUUUUCUUUUAUUUCACGCAGAUUACUUUUUUU